UUGCUCCGGACUGCCUUCCGAGUCUGGUGCGUGUGGGCAAGGAUUGCAGUGGCUAUUCUGGGACGAGGCAGGAUCUAGCGCAGCCAUGACCGAGGCGGCCGCUGCUCCGGACUGGCAUGUAGGGUCUGACCUCCAACAACAGGUCCAGAUCCAGUCUGCAGAGAUUUCCCUUUUAGCCAUCAUGGCUGCUGUUCAAGCUGUGGAGAAGAAAACAGAGUCCCAGGUUGUCCAUCUUCAAAGCCUGGAAAUACGAACAGGGUCAGCUGAGAAGAGGCUGGCUGACUGUGAGAAGACAGCCAUGGAGCUCAGCAGCCAGCUGGAGGGCAAGUGGGCCGUGCUGGGGACUCUGCUGCAGGAGUACGGGCUGCUGCAGCGGCGGCUGGAGAACCUGGAGAACCAGAUGCAAAACCGGAACUCCUGGGUCCCAAGGCUGCCCACUAGCAGCAAGGAUGAAGCCCCCAAGGUUUCUGUUACUACUGAAGCAGUGGCUGGGUGUUUCCCCGAGCAACAGGAAGGCAGCCCAGAAGACUGGCAGAAGGAACUCUGCAAACAUGUAGCAAAAGAGAGCCAUGAGGUGCUAGGUUCUCUGGAAACAGGCCAGCUGGAAUCUGCCCCAAGUGUUCUUUCCUGGAUUAAGCAAGAGGAAGAAGCACAUGAGAAUAGCCUUCGGGAGACAACCAGUGCAUAUCUAUGCUCAGAGACCUGGCGAGCCAACAAAAGGAACCUGGAAAGAGAGUCCAUGGUACAGGAGCCAGCCUGGGCAACUGAAGGGAGACCCCACAAAGAGGACCUCGAGAGGAAAACCUGUAGGGAUCUGCUCCCUGUCUUCAAAGAAAGAGAGGUGUCUUCCCUCCCCCCAGGCUCUCAGAGUCAGCCUGUGCCAGCUACUGAGGGCACUGAGAAUGGCCAGAACUUCAUUGUCAAAGAGCUCAGCACUCAGCAUGAGCACCCACACCAUGGAUCCCAGCCCUUUACCAGUCUCCAGUGCCCCCAGAGUGCCACGCAGCAGGUCACUCUUACCAGGAACCGCCAUGCACCCACAGCCCAACGUGCCUACACCUGUGUCCAGUGUGGCAAGAGCUUUGUCCAUCAGUCAACACUUACCACGCACUACCGCAUACACACUGGGGAGAAGCCUUACAAAUGUGCUGAGUGUGAGAAGCGGUUUGGCCGCCUGUCCACACUGCUAGAGCACCAGCGCACUCACACCGGAGAGCGGCCCUUCCCAUGUGCACAGUGUGGCCGUCGUUUUGGGCGUCUGUCCACACUGGUGGAACAUAGGCGCACACACACGGGUGAGAAACCAUUUCCAUGCACCCAGUGUGACAAGCGUUUUACACGCCUGGCCAACUUAACAGUGCACCAGAGUGUGCACUCGGGCGAGCAUGCUUUCCAGUGUACCCAGUGUGGCUCAUGCUUCACGCACAAGCCCAGUUUCCUACGCCAUCUACGCAGCCACUCUCAAGAGAAGUGCUUUACCUGUGGCCAGUGUGGCAAGAGCUUCACCUGUCGCUCCUGGCUGGUGCGCCACCAGGGCAGCCAUGCCCGCUCAGCCUCCUCUGCUUAUGUGGCUUGUGAGAAGAGCUCACCAAGUGAUGAGUCAUCUGCAAGGCUCCUUAAAGGUGCAGCAGCUAGGGGAAAGUUUUCCAGUGACCCUUCUGUCUCACUCAGAUCCCAGGACACUAAGGCCAACCAGGACUACAAGGCAUAUGGCAGAGGUCAGCAGCUCAGUGACCAUGGUCAGGAAGGUCUGGAGGGGUCGCUGCAUAGUUGUCUGUCUGUAAAGAUGGAGAAUGCAGGGUAGCACCCAGCGAAUUCCCUAAUGAGGCCACAUAACAUUUCUGGGUCCCUUUGAUCCAAGCUGCCUCUCCUUGGUUCAGAUGUGUGGUACCUGCUAGGCUCCCCAGGGAAAGGUUUUCUCCCAUGGACUGCAGGUGCUAAGUGGCCCUGAGAUUCUUACUGCAGAGAAUGUUGCAGAAACAGUUGAAGAGAAGAAUAAAACGUGAGUGUAUCUACCAGCAGCAGCAGAGUCCCCUGAGAUCCUGGUGGUCUCAUCACCACCCCCAGCAGUUCAGGCAGCAACAUGGGCUUUCCAUCCAUCGAAGGUGGCUGCCCAGUUAGGAAUGCUACAAUUUUGAAAAGUUGAGUUGCUCUGCUUCUGCCUGAGCAACUCAAACUAGUUCCCAAGAUUUCCCUAGGACAGGGCUGGGAAUGUGACUCAUCAGAGUGUUCAUCUAGCAGGCAUGGAAGGAACCAUGGUUAGAUCCCCAGUAUCAAAUUACACUGGCCAUGGUGGUACAUACCUGUAAUCCUAGCAUUCCUGUUGAUGCAGGAGGAUCAGAGGUUCAAGGUCAGUUUGGCUACAUGUGUCUCCGUUUAAAUAAAAUAUCCUUUAGGAGUUCAAAGCCCUAAUUGCCAACUACCCCACCUCUUCACCAGUGCCUCCAUAUUUGUAGAAUAAUUACAUGCAUGUUCCCACUGGAAGGGCUGGGACUCUGUCACUGUCCCCACUCUGAAGGAAUGUGGGUAAACAGACCUGUGCUGCUUGCUGUGCCCUCUGGGCUCUUUCUGCAUCUGGGUGAGGUUUUUUUUUUUUUUUUUUAAUUGAAAAUCCGAGACUUCCCACAUUCACUUAAAACCUAUAA